AUAUUUCGUCCGAAAUCCAAUGCUCCGAAACACAAUCCGAAACUGCUCUUCGAAAAUCGCCACUGCCAUCAAAAGCAGUCCGCGAGGUUUCGCCGCAACCCCGACGGAAACCGCUGACGCGGUGGUCGUCGGCGCGGCCGGGCUGGCCGUCGCGAGAGAGCUGGCUCUGCGAGGGAGAGAGGUUCUUGUUAUUGAAUCGGCCGGUACGUUUGGCACCGGUACGAGUUCUCGUAACAGUGAAGUUAUUCAUGCUGGGAUUUAUUACCCCGCGAAAUCCCUCAAGGCAAGAUUUUGUGUAAGAGGAAAAGAAUUAUUGUACAAGUACUGUUGUGAUCGAGGGAUCCCCCACAAACAGCUUGGUAAACUAAUAGUUGCUACUAGUGUUGCGGAGAUCCCGAAAUUGGAAAAUCUUAUGAGGUUUGGGAUCGCAAAUGGGGUUGAAGAUCUAAGGAUGAUGGAGGGCUCUGAUGCUAUGAGAAUGGAACCUGAACUUCAAUGUGUCAAAGCUUUGUUAUCUCCAAGCACCGGAAUAGUUGAUUCACAUUCAUUUAUGCUCUCCUUGUUGGGAGAGGCUGAAAAUUGUAAAGCUACCUUAUCCUAUAAUACUACUGUAGUAGGAGGCCAUAUUGAAGGAGAUCGUCUACAUCUACAUAUUUCAGAAAGCAAGGAACUUGCUAAUAAUAUAGUGGACUCUCCUGUAUUGCCUCAGCUAAUAUUAAUUCCCAGGCUUGUUAUCAACUCUGCUGGCUUGAGUGCCGUUCCUCUUGCAAGAAGAUUUGAUGGCAUUAGCCGUAAAGUUGUUCCUUCUCCAUACUAUGCUCGUGGUUGCUAUUUCACUCUAUCUAAGACCAGAACUCCUCCUUUCAAUCACUUAAUUUACCCGAUGCCAGAAGAUGGAGGUAUCGGAGUUCAUGUCACUAUUGAUCUUAGUGGUCUUGUCAAGUUUGGUCCAGAUGUAGAGUGGAUCAGUGGCCCAGAUGAUAUAUCUAGCUUCCUCAAUAGGUUUGAUUAUUCUGUCAGCUCUGAUCGAUCUGCUAGAUUCUACCCAGAAAUAAGAAAAUAUUUUCGUAAUCUAAAGGACGGAUGUCUAGAGCCAGGAUAUUCUGGCAUCCGAGCAAAGCUCUGUGGCCCAAAACAGCCACCUCAGGACUUCAUGAUUCAGGGAGAGGAUGUUCAUGGUGUUCCGGGACUAAUUAACUUGUUCGGCAUAGAAUCACCUGGACUGACAUCAAGCCUUGCGAUCGCGGAGUACAUUGUAUCAAAACUUUGAACAUGUCGUAUUUUGAUAAGAAUUUCUCUCGUAAGUGUAAUUUAAUAGUGAAAGAGAGCACCUCCCAAUUUCAAUACUUGGCACCUAGUAUCGGAAUUGAAAAACAUGGCCAAGGAUGAGGUACAAGAUUGUUUGGGACAAGUUUUAUUAUAUUAUUAUAUGAAAUCUAGUGUUGUAGAGAAAAUAAUCACACUACAGGGAUAUAGAUCAUGAACAAAGAGCUAUGUGAAGACCUCUUGUUCUGAAAAUGAUGUAAUUGGAGGUCAACGUGCAAAAUAUUUGGACCGUAAAAAAAAUUUGAUGAUUGAUUGUUUUU